UCCACAGAUCGAUACAAAGCACAAAAACAACUGACAACAUCACUAAGUACACAAAGUACAUAUCUGAGUGUACUCGCAGUUACUAUAACGUAGACAGCUAAAAGAUGGCUACAGUAAUUGAGAUAGACGAACAACGAUCAGUUGAAAGAAAGGAGGUUCCGAAUGGCAAGAAGUUCCACGUGUUUAUAUCCUACAGCGAAAGUGACAGAUUGUGGGUCAGAACAGUAAUACAACACUUACAAAAUGAAUUUUAAAUGUUUCGAACAUUCAGCGGAUUUUAUUCCAGGAAUGAAAAUAACGGAAAAUAUAGAAUAUGCUAUGAUCAACUCGGCGAAAACAGUGUUUAUUUUAACACAGGAGUAUAAUAAGAGUUACUGGUGUCAAUAUGAAGUAGAAUUCGCUAUAUUGAAGUUGUUAGCUGAAAUGAAAGAAAAUGUCAUAAUUCCUGUAUUAAAGGAGGAAUGUGAGAUACCUGGCUAUCUGCGACCGUUUACCUACAUAAACGGCAUGGGAGAUAUGAAUGUCUGGCUUCCUAAGCUUGCAUUAGCCAUUGAAGCGGAAGGGCAAGAAUAUAACCACGAAUUGUCAUUAAAUCGGGUGAGAGAUGCAGUGAACCGAAAUAGGAACCUAGAUCUUCUUCAUCAGGAGAAAAGUCAUUUCAGUUGUAGAGGACCGGUUUUCAGGUGGAAGUAUGUCCCAGAAUCACUAAGUAUACCACCAAUGAAGGUUAGCUCUGAGCUGUAUAACGCUAUCAUCAAGACAAUUUCCUCAAAACAUCUGGUACUUGGAAGGCAUUGCAGAAAUAUCUGGUGGCCUGUGAUCUGCUGCGUAUUAACCAUUGUCCUCCCUUCAUUAGCUAUUGGAAUUGUAUUGUGUUUUGGAGACAUCGGUGAUAAAAAUAUGAAGAUAAUGAUAAUUUCUAUCAUGUUUUUAAUCCCUGCUGUAGCAUUGCUGUGGUUGGCUGGGUGUGGCUGUUCGGAAUAUUGGGGGCGACUUGAGAUGAAACACACUUUGCUUGAGGUUAACAGAAGACUUUUACCAAAUAAGGUCAUGGUUACUUAUAAAAGACAAAGAUUGACUGCUAAUUUUACUAUUUUUUUUCUAUUUUUUGACAUGACAUCAUGUGUAAAUCACAUGGCGUCAGAACUACAUAACAAAAGAAUCCGAGAGAGUCAAAACCGUGAAAUGGUAGUUCUUAAUAUGAAUGACGAUGAUGAUGAAGCACUAUUAGAUGAUAUAACUGGGGAUUCAGUUACAUGUGAUGAACAGGAGACGGUAACAAAUUACCUAUUGGACUUAUCUAGUGCCUACCUCAAGGACUAUAUGAAUGAAAAACUAGAACAUGCUGGUGACAAUAAUAGGCAUGCAACAAAAGCAAAAUGUAUUUGUCAAUUUGCUGAGUCACUUGAAUUUAAAAAAAAUGCAGAUCGUGUUAGGUCGGAGAACUUUUAACAUAUAUUUUUUUGUUCAUGAAAAAUGUUUUGUAAGAUAUAUGAUUAUAAUAUUAUUUAACUUACAUAUGUCCUAGUAAUUGUGACUUCAACAGCAAGCCAUGAGCAUUAUAGCAUUGUUUUAUAUCUUUAUAUUUGUUAAACUAAUCAAGGGUCAUUGAUUUGAUCCAUCAAACAACUCAGUUUAGUACGAAUUGUAUCCAUUCGGAAUAAAUAACUGUUCAAAAUUUUAAAUUAGAGGUUUCCCGAGUGGUAGAACCUGUUUUUCAAAUGUUUUAAAGGGAAAUGCUGAUUGCAAUGUUCCGAAUGGAUAUGACGUGAAAUUACAAGAGAGGAGUGUCUCUUACAUGUGUUUUAUCACAGUUUAUUCAACCGAAAGAAAUAUAUACAGGGAAUUAAUAAAACAAUAUAGAGGA